UGACGUACUUCCCUUUCACGUGCCUGUAUCAUUAAGUGUGGCUUGCUGCGAUCAUUUGAGUCACAUAUAGCAUUUAAUAACAGCUACAAGAUGUUGAAAAUCGAGGGACUCGGUCCGAAGAUGGACCCUGAGGAGAUGAAGAAAAAAAUGCGAGAGGAUGUUAUCACGUCUGUUCGCAACUUUUUGAUAUAUGUUGCGCUCCUUCGAGUCAUACCCUAUGUUUUGAAGAAGCUGGACAGCAUAUGACACCCCGCUAUGGACAGAAACAUUCCCUGUACAGAUGAACAUGCGGUACCUGGAUGUUGCUGCAUAGAGCCACUUGCCACACCGGAUGAUAUCUGAAGAGACCUAAGGAGAUCUUGUCACCUGUCAACCAUGAUUCUUUUAUUUAUUUGAUUUUUUACUGGAUGCAACUGAAUGUAUUUACUUUUUCUCUUAGCCAUUUACAUAUAUGAAAAACAACAGCUGUUAAACAGAGUGUUUCACAUUGUUCACAAAGGUGUAAGCAAUAAAUCUUUUGUCACUUAA